AUGUCUGAGGAUACUUCCAGUAGCCUCAGCAAUCCAUCCCGCUACUGUAUCAACAGCGAUGAUGACAAAGAAGAAAAGCUUCUGGAUGGAUCACAGUGUAUAUUUAUGCUCGACGUAAAUACCAAUAGAAAGGUAUACAGUGGGGCAAUGCACUGGAAUAAUAUCCAUAUGGAAUUUCAGACUGCGGACCGUGCGAAUAAUUCGUUGGUAGCUUUGGCAAGGAGAGGUCGUCUUUGUAAGUUGCCAAAUAAUCAUACUCUCGAAGAAGACAAAUGUUAUCGAUAUGCCUCGAGUACUGAUUAUUUCGUGCUUUGCUGCUGCUACAGCAGUCCGGAAAAUUGCUCCUUUGGGAAUGAAGAGGAAUCGCUGAAGUCGAAAAACAGGGAGACUUGGAGUCAAGUCCUCAAAGUUCGAAACCCAGCCGUUCAUGCUGAAAUCCGUGGCAGGAGACUGAAGGCGACAGACAUCGUAUGGGACUACCGGCACUUUAUUUAUAGUGAAUCGACUGAAGACGAUUUCGGUAUAAUUUAA